AUGGCUCCACCUGUUGUCCGUCCAGACAAUGUCCUUAAGAGGGCCGAAGAAUUAAUUACCGUUGGUAAAGAAGAAUCUGCUUUACAAGUUUUACAUGAAUUCAUUACUUCAAAGAAGACACGUUCAGUUGCACCAGUCGCUUUAGAACCAAUCGCCAACUUAUUCGUUGAAUUAAGUGUUAAUUUAAGAAAAGGUUUCACUUUGAAAGAUGGUUUACAUCAAUUCAAAAAGAAUGUUCAAGUUGCAUCAAAUGGUUUAGAAUCAGUUGAAGCAGUUUCUCGUAACUUGAUCCAAUUAGCUGAAAAGAAAUUAGAUGCUGCUCAAGCUAAAGCUGACGCAAGAGCUGUUACAUCAGUUGAAGAUGAUUUAGAAGCUGGUGAAUCCCCAGAAGAUGUUUUAUUAUCAGCUGUUUCAUCUGAACAAUCAAGAGAUCGUGCUGAUAGAGAAUUAGUCACUCCAUGGUUACGUUUCUUAUGGGAAUCAUUCCGUUUAGUUUUGGAUUUAUUAAGAAAUAACUCCCGUUUAGAAGUUGCUUAUGCCGCUGUUGUUCAACAAGCUUUCCAAUUCAGUUUAUCAUACAACCGUAAAACUGAAUUCAAAAGAUUAUGUGAAAUGUUACGUGCUCAUAUUCAAUAUGCUACUACUCAACAAAAAUCUGGUACUAAACAUUUGAAUGCCAUUGAUUUACAAGAUCCAGAAACUUUACAACGUUAUUUGGAUUUACGUUUCAGUCAAUUGAAUGCUUCUGUUAAAUUAGAAUUAUGGCAAGAAGCUUUCAGAUCAGUUGAAGAUAUUCAUACCUUGAUCAAUGUUUCCAAACGUCCUGUUAAACCAACUAUGAUGGUUAGUUAUUAUGAAAAUUUAGCUAAAAUCUUUUUGGUUGCUGACAAUGGGUUAUUCCAUGCUGCUGCAUGGCACAAAUUCUUCAAUCUGUACUCUCAAUCACCAAAUGCUACAGAAGAAGAAUUAACUCGUUUCUCAUCAAUUUUUGCCUUAGCAACUUUAUCAAUUUCUCGUGAUCAUUUUAAUGUUGACGUUAGUGAAAACUUUAACAGAUAUUCAAACAACCAUUUAGCUUCAUUAUUAAACUUACCAAAAGUCCCAACUAGAGAAUCAUUAAUUCAAUACGCUUUAAACAAAAACGUUUAUGAUUUUGUUGAUCCAUCAGUUAAGAAAUUAUUUGAUUUAUUAGAAACUAAUUUCCAUCCAUUAUCAAUUCGUGAUGAUUUAAAUGAAGUUAUUGCUAACAUUGAAAACAAUGAAAUUUUCGCCCCAUACAUUAGAGCUUUAACUAAAGUUAUCUUGACUCGUUUAUUUGAACAAGUUUCUCAAGUUUAUGAAACUGUUAAAUUAGAUUUCUUAAUCCAAUUAGCUACAUUAAAGGGUAAAUUUGAAGUUUCUCCAUUAGAAAUUGAAAGUUUAUUAUUGAAUGCUGGUAAAAAUGGUGAAUUAUCAUUUUACAUUGAUCACGAUGCUGGUGUUAUUACUUUCCGUUCAGAUCCAUUUGAAGAAGCUUCUUCACCAUCUUCAGGUUCAUUACAAACUUCUCCAGCUGAUUUAGUUCGCUCACAAUUGUCCAACUUGGCCAAAACCUUAUAUGCUUCAGUUAAAUACACUGAUCCAUCUUACUUGGAAAAACAAAAUGCUAUUCGUGAACGUUUACUUGCUUCUGCAGCUGAAGCUUUAGCUAAAGAACGUAAAGAAAUUGAAAAAUCUCGUGAAUUAUUAGCUCAACGUAAAGAACAAGCUGAAAAGGAAAAGAAAGAACGUGAAGCUGAAGCUAUUAGAAUUAGACAACAAAGAGUUGAAGAAGAAAAAGCUGCUGCUGCUGAACGUGCUGAAGCUGAAGCUAAACGUCGUAUUCAAGAAAAAAUUCAACGUGAACAAGAUGCUGUUAAAGAACAAGAAAAACAAGCUCUUAUUAAAGAAAUUAAUCAAAAGGGUAUUAUUAAAUUAGAUGCUGACCAAUUAGAAGGUUUAGAUGCUGAUAAAUUACGUGUCUUACAAAUUGAACAAUUAGAAAAAGAUAAGAAAGAUUUGGAAGAACGUUUACAAUCACAAUUCAAAAAAAUCGAUCAUACUGAAAGAGCUUAUAGAAAAUAUGAGUUACCAAUGUUGGCUAAAGAUGCAUUAGUUCAAAAAGAAGAAGAUUUGAAACAUUACGAAGUUUUCAAGAACAAAAGAAUUACUGCUGCUAAAAAGGAACAUGAAGAAGCUUUACAAUUACGUGAUCGUUUGUCCAAGAUUGUUUCAGAAUAUAACAAAUUUAGAGAUGAAAUUGAUUCAGAAGCUGCUGCAAGAAUUGAAGCCUUACGUAAAGAAAAAGCUGCUGAAUUAGAAAAAGCUAAACAAGCUCGUAUCGAAGCUGUUCGUCAACAACGUUAUCAAGAAGCAUUAGCUAAAUAUGAAGUUGAAAAGGAAAGAGAAGCUCAAAGAGCUAAAGAAGAAGCUGAAGCUAAAGCUAAAGCUGAAGCUGAUGAAAAGAAACGUGCUGAAUUACAAAAAUUACGUGAAGAACGUGAAGCUACUAACAGUAGAUUAGAUGCUCAAGCUGCUAAACAAAGAGAAGUUGAAGCUAUGAUUGAAGCCAAACAAAGAGCUGCCAGAUCUGGUGCUUCACCAGCUGCUCCAAGCCCAUCUCCAGCUCCAGCUGCCGGUGGUGAAAGAAAAAUGACUUAUGCUGAAAAAAUGAGAUUGAAACGUUCAUCUGCUUUUACUGUUGUUCAAAACGAUUUAAGUGGUAAUGUCACCAAGAUUCGUACUCGUUUAUUAGCAACCCCAGAUAAAUCAGCUACUUUACAAGAUCUUGUAUUAAAUGAACUUGCUGAUAAAAAAAGUAAAACUGCUACUCAAGGUUUAUUAUGGUUAUCAAGAGGUUUACAAUUCACUGCUCAAGCUUUAAGAGAAACCAUUGAUAACCCAGGUAGUGAAUUAUCUAAAACUUUCACUGAUGCUUAUAACAAAACUUUAGUUAAAUAUCAUUCAUUUGUUGUUAAACCAGUUUUCAAAUUGGCUAUGAAAGCUUGUCCAUAUAGAAAAGAUUUCUUUGAAAAAUUAGGUGCUGAUCAAACUAAAGUUUUAGAACAAUUAACUGCUUGGUUAGAAGCUUUAGAAAACAUUGUUAAAAUCAUCUUUGCUUUUUACGAAAGUGGUAACUAUGGUAAAGGUUUAUAA